AUUUAUAGACUAAUUGUGGGAGUUAUAAAAGACUGUUCCUCAAUGUUAUUCGAUAAGGCUAGAUAAAUAGAUAUGAAAAGUUGACGUUGUCGAUACUGUAACUCUAUUAAAUCUUUGUACUUCAACAUCAUGGAGCUGCAACAAAAUGAUCAAAAUGAAGAUACAACUGCCUUGGGGCUUCUUCAGUUUGAUUUAGAUCUGGACCGUAUUACUACUCUGUAUUAUACUCCUCCACAAAAAUACCGAGCUAAACGUAAAAUAAAAAUGGAUAGCAAGUCGCAAUCGCAAACUUCUUUGUUAAAAUGGAAUUAUAACGCUAAUACGGAAGAAAAAAUAGGCGUAAAAUAUAGGCCUAUAUAUCCAAAGCCUUAUCAAACAAAUUUUUUCAAUAAGCCGAAAAUAUUUGGUUUUCCUUCCGCAAUAAAUGAAUUCCCUGCGUUAAAUUCUACAAGUCAUAUCAUUUUACCAUCUAAGGAAAAAGUACAAGAUUGUACGAUAUUGAACAAGCCUAAUAAAAGGACACGUAAUUAUUCAAAAUCCAUAACAGAGAAUUCUAACUGUUUGAAAUUAUUAAUAAAAGAAAAUGGUAAUGAAAAAAAUUAUAAUAAAAACAAUACUAUUUUACGGCAAGACUUUAGUUUCAUUAAAAUGGAAGAUGAAGAUAAAAGUAGCAUCGAGUUAUUUUUUGAAAGUAUGGCGCAAACUGUUCUUAGUUUACCCAUGCAUGUCCAAGCUGAAAUUAAAAUGGAAAUUUGUAAACUUGUUACAAAGGCAGAAAUCGAAUAUUCUUUGGCUCAAUCAAAAAACAACUGUAAAAUAGAUUGAUACAAAUAGGGUAAAAAGAAUUUUUUUACCUUACUUAUUAAAACUUUAGGUACUAUUUUAAAUAGCCUAAAUGUUAUUUGAAAUGUUAAGCCAAUAUCUAUAUAAAUAAUGUCUAGAGUGAAAUGUAAUGUACAUAAAAUAUAAUAAGAAUAUUAUUCUAAA